GGAGCCUUAAAUUCCCCUGUCCAACUCGGCGGUGACGGUCACCGUCGAUAUUGAUGAAUCGAAAGUUUGAUCGCAUAUCACGUUGGCAAAAUGCCCCGUCAGAAGCGUCGAUAUGUACCCAAGGUGAAAGGGUGCUACGAAUGCUCUCAGCGUCGGAUUCAUUGCGACCGGGCAGAGCCGAUCUGCGGCAAGUGUGUGUCCCGAGGCAUACUCUGCAGCGGGCUUGGAAUUCGCUAUCGAUUCAAUGAUGGCGAAACCAAAAGUAAGAUAGAAUGGGGCCACAAAAGGCUCCUUCGAAGACAAGGGCGUACUCUCCCACUGCGGAAGGUGAAUCCACUCGUGGCCGGUGGCUCUUCUUUAUCGGAAACGUCAACAGACGAUGAGGAGGCAAUGACUACCAUGCGUCCUCGAAGCCUUCAUAUAAUAGAUUCCGGCAAUGAGUUCCUGUUGACUUAUUGUAAGCUUCAUGCCCGCCUGCCGGAAGACCGACGAUAGUAACUCAUCCAGUCUCUCACCACGUUGCCCCUCACAUGGUCGUCAUGGACAACAAGUAUAAUGAAUGGCGGUCGCUCAUUCUGCCUCUUGCACUCUCCGAUCAAACCGUCUUGGACGCUGUUUUGGCCGUGUCGGCCUUUCACCUCUCCCACCAAGGGGGGAGCGGACCAAUGGUGGGACCGGACAAACUGUAUAUGCAGGCCAUUGUAGGGCUACAGAAACGAAGUUGUCUGGAUGAAUAUGAUCCGCUCACCCGGCAGUCUGUAUUUGUGGUGAUCAUCAUCCUCUUGGUCGGGGUGAUGGUCAAUGGCAGUUCAGAUUUCCCCAUCUUGUUUCAUAUGCUCCAGUCUGCUUUCGACACGGUCGGGGGUGAACGUGGCCUGGGAAACGGCGACAUUGCCGAUUUCUUACGACGGCAAAUCCGCAGACUGCGUGUCUACGCUGCCCCACUGCUGAGUCUGGAAUUCGGGGUAUCGAGCAUCGUGUCUUAUGCCCUCGACAGCUUCGACUGCUUGCAUUACAACAGCCGCUUCCACCCCGACGACUCACGGACAUUCUCGGCCAUUGCCGAUCUGCAACAACAAGCAUAUGACAUCUAUCUCCAGCGCGCCCUCCUUGGUCCUCGGGGUGCACUUGAUUGCGAAAGGAUCGAGAGAUUCAAACAGUCGAUGGACUUAUUUUCGGUGGGAUCAUUCGGCGAGCAUGCCCUGGUGUGGCCCACACUCAUUGCUGCGUCCGAGAGCUCGAAGCAAGAACAUCGUCAUUUCUUCAAGAGCUUUCUGGAGAGGCAAUAUCACAGUACUGGUUUCCUGAAUUUGCUGAAAGCCUUGAACUUUCUGGAGGACAUAUGGGCACGAAGCAAUGCCCAUUGGCCCGCACUUCUUCCAGAGCCACGAGUAUUGGUUAUGUAGCAACCGGACACUAUACUAGGGUAUAUCCCCUCUAGAGCACGCCCCGCAUUUAUGACCAUCCCAAGAUCGCAUCGUUGCUCUGAUGAGUGAGGCCUCAUUCACUACAUAAGACAACCCGCUGAUUUGGUGCCCAUUGUUUCUGAUGCCUCGUUUCUGUUUGAUGAUCGCAAUUGUAUUAUGUAUACCCAGGUAGAGCGGACAGACCAUUGAACUCGCGAGCCCUUGACACCACUUGAUCCCAAGUAUUCCAGCGCCUACCUCAUGAUGCUGGAGAUUAAAUAU